GUGCUCGGUCAGAACGUGAACGCGCAAUUUACGCACACACACCGAGGAGCUCACGGCACGCGCCACAGGCAGCGGAGCGCGAGAACACAAAGUGACGCUCAACUCUAUUGUAUCUCUACAGCGUCGCGUCACCUCGAGGGCUGCGCGUGGACCUUGUUCGCUGCGGUAAUCGCUGCGUUUUCCCUGCGCGUCUCUCCUUUCACUCCAGAGAAAGCUCACCGCAGCUGUCAGCAGCUCGCGUCGCGUUUACCUUUCACAGACGCCCGGAGCAGGAUCCGUCAGACCGCCUUUAACCGACACCAUGGGGAAACAGAACAGCAAGCUGACCCCUGAGGUAAUGGAGGACCUGGUGAAGAACACAGAGUUUAAUGAACAUGAACUUAAACAAUGGUACAAAGGCUUCCUGAAAGAUUGCCCCAGUGGCCGACUUAACCUGGAUGAGUUCCAGCAGCUUUAUGUCAAGUUUUUCCCCUAUGGUGAUGCCUCAAAGUUUGCUCAGCACGCUUUCAGAACCUUCGACAAGAACGGAGACGGCACCAUCGACUUUAGAGAGUUUAUCUGCGCUCUGUCCAUCACAUCACGGGGCAGCUUUGAACAGAAACUCAACUGGGCCUUUAACAUGUAUGACCUGGAUGGAGAUGGAAAAAUCACACGAGUUGAAAUGCUUGAGAUCAUUGAGGCAAUUUACAAGAUGGUGGGUACCGUUAUAAUGAUGAAGAUGAACGAGGAUGGCCUGACGCCUCAGCAGCGAGUCGACAAAAUCUUCAGUAAGAUGGAUAGGAACAACGACGACCAGAUCUCGUUGGAAGAGUUCAAAGAAGCAGCAAAGAGCGACCCGUCCAUCGUAUUACUGCUCCAGUGUGACCUGCAAAAAUGAGCUUCUUGGAAUAAAGAGCCAGGGACUGCACAAAUUAAUGUUCCAUUCAGUUUGCAGCUAUUUCCACCGAAAAAAUUUGCUUGGACUACCUUUCAAUGAAUCCGCUUCCUGUGUUUUCAACACUUGUGUGCAUGAGAAUGUUCUUUACUAACAAAUUUCACAUAUGAAACAGACACCUUCACAGACACGCGUACAUACACUUCAUGCAUACAUUGUAAAAAUAUACUGUACACAAAUACAGAUCAUGCCAUGCACAAAUAGAAUUAAAUAAGUAUAUAUACAUAAAUAAAUAUAUAUAUGUAUAUGAGUUGUCAGAAUAAACUGCCAAAAUGUGAAGAGUCUGCGAAGUACCUUCUGAAUUCACUGGAGCUUGCGCAUCAUUGAUGUGCUGUAUUAAAUUAAGCUAUACUAUUUAUUGUUCAAGUUUACUGAUGCUAGCUAUGUGUACCAUAUACUACUUAAUGUCAGCCAAAUCGAUUCUUAUUGUAACUGGUCCAGAUUUACCCACUCAUCUGGAUGGGACAAAAAGAUAAGCUUGCAUCCAUCAAAUUUUCCCUUCAGAUGUGCUUGUACUGUAUGUGAAUAUAAAUGUAGUUUAUUUGCAUGCCAUUAGGUUUGCCUUAAGAGUACUUCCCUCAUUUCCAUCCUGCUUAAACAAUGAUCGUAAGCCUUACUUCAAUUUUGAUGUAAAAUAAUUAUCGAAUGAAUCAUUGGUUUGGAAAGAUCUUCAAAUGUUUAGAUGUUACACUGUACAUCUAAUUGUGAUGCAUUGAUGGGAAAGGCUGUGGGUGGUAUAUUCUCUCUUCAAUGUCAGCAUGUACUUCACCUGAGGAGGACUAAAUAUGGCCUCAAAUCUGUGAGAUCCUUAUUGUGACUAAAACACUGUUUGUUUUGAAACAGGACAUAUAUAACCUAUAUAUGUCAGUCCAAAAAUAUUCCCAUUCCCAUUAAACCAACAAGCUGUGCAGUUCAUUUUUAAGGCGUUUAUGAAUGUCCUUAAACAUUAAACAAGUUGCAUAUCAAUUUACAUAUUUAUGAGGGGCCAAAGCAAGAAAAUGAAUUUACAAAUGUAUUUUUUCAGUGGUGUUUCAUUAAGUUUAAAGUAAAGCAAUGAAUCCUGCCUCAAGGUUUAUCUAUCUAAACUCCUGACUCUUUCAAGAUAGCUGAAACUUCCAAAAUUGUAUUUAUUCAUACAUUUACGUGCUGCUAGGGGUUUAAACUUUGAAUCCGGACAUUUGCACCAACUGCACAUUUUGAGCACUGAAUUUGUUUCUAAAAAAAGCACUUCUGUGCUCUAUUUGAUAUUAAAUUUUGCCUGUGUUGAAGUAUUACAAUAUAUUGUAAAGUUUACCUACGUAAGCACCACACCAAAUUCAUGCAAUGGCAACCUUUUCCAAUUCAAAAGUUAUUUUGUACAUGUAGCAUGUAUUGUGCCCCUGAUGCCAUGGCUGCACUACUCCUUGUGUUGUGGUUUAAACUAAUAAAAGACUAAAUGGGA